AUGCCGCUUAUCCGUGGAAACCACGCUAUCCAUCGCAUUCUAGCAGCUCAAAUCUCAGAUAUCGAAGCCACCUGGGAUCAAAACUACCCGGAAGAAGCGGGCAUUUGGGAGGACAUGUGCGAAGGUGGAGCGAAUCAACACUUCUCGUCCGUCGUAAGGAUUCUGAAAGGCGAGAUUCGAAGGUACUGGGAUGCCCUAGAAAAUCCUCAAAGCGUCCCGGGAGUCCUGCUGGAUGUGGAGACGGAGAACAUAGGUCCAGAUCCUCGGAUUGAUGAUAUUUCGACACCAAUGGUCUGCGACAGUAUGAAUAUGGAAAGAUCGGAUUCGCAAACGUGCGUCAUCUGCUACGAUCGCUACACAAAUGAUCACCCGACAACCUCACGCCACGUAGUCCUCAUUCAAGCGCCGGUAUUCGGAAAACUGCAAACCGAGGCGAGCAUGGAGUUUCAGGGACCCGUGCAUCUCAACGAGGAGGGAGAAUCUAAGCCAGACGCAUCAAUAAGCAACAUCGGGGAGGACUGGAAUGCUGUUAUCGAGGGCGCACUGGAACGUCUUCAGUGGGUCGAUAUAGAGCCGUUGCCAAAAGACGAGCUUCUAGACGGUGAUAUCCACCCCAUGUACCGACUUUCAAGGUGGUCGCUCGGGGUUGACGAAAGCUCGCUGAACGAACCGACGCUGCGGUACCUUGAUAGUAACAAAUACGCGAAAGACAGGGGCAUGGUUUGGGCCAACAUGAGGGUGGUUCUGCGCCUAGCUACGCACUGGAUAACACAUGACGAGUUCUUGGGGUUUUGGGUGCGACUGCUUUGCCAGAGUGUGGGUCCGGAUGCAGACAUCGAUGAGAACUCUCCCGGCAUAAACGAGAAAGUUCGCGAUGUCUUCAGCAAGAUGGCAACUAGGACCCAUCUUACUUUCGGGACUCAUUUCAACAACGAUAGUGUCUCUCCGUGGAGCUUGCCAUGGGGUUGUACCCUCCGACACCCCGAAGCUCUCCGGUUCAUGUGGCAUACUACCGGAGAGAACUUGCAGAAGUUGAAAGGGCCAGUGGAGGUAACAAGACGCAACAGCGAUACCAACUACUGCGCUCCGGUCAUAGCGCUACAUGCCUGCUUCCGGCACUUCUUCUAUCGAAGUCGUGAUGAGUUUGCUAGGCUGCCUGCCGCGGACUCACUGAGAAAGCAAUUCAAAGCAGCUAUCGUGCUUGUGCACGAGACGGCACACGCCUUUUUUCAAAUAGCAAGAGGGAGACCGGACGAGGAACCUCUGGUCUUUCCGACAGAUAUUGCCGCCGAAGUUGGCUAUUCGUUUGAACAAUACAUAUUCAAAGGGCAGAUUCACGUCGCCGGCCGAUGGUGUCAGAAUAAGACGAGGCUGACGAUGAUUCCCUGGGCAGACCGUUAUAGCCGCAGCUGUCGCAGCGUGUUUAUAUCUCCCACUUGGGCCCAAACUUGGUUUCGAAAAUCAACGUGGGAGGAGGGCACGUUUUUUACGUUGAGUAGAUCUGGCCAGCUGAGACCAGGGUUCUUGCUGCAAGAUCCAGUACUGGAGGGGUUGGAAAUAAAAGACGACGCCCUGGACGAGCAGGCCAACGAGAUAACUAACUGCGUCAUUCUAGAGCAUGGGAAAAAAAUCUCUUCUCAUAGCUACCGGGGCCCUCCAAGACCAGUCGGGAGUUUCGGGCAUCUUCGGAAGCCUUUGUCGUUACCUGAUGGUGUCGAUGAAGAGUAUCUGGAAGUCAGUGGACAUAUCGCCAGACAUCAAGACAAGGAUGGAUGGACUGGGAUUACUCUGUUCGAGAAUGGUAGAUUCAUUACCUGCUUGUGGGAAGCGGAUCCAGACGGACUUGUGCGAAAUAUAUUCGAUCCGCAGAUUGACAAGGACUUCAGAACCCUUGACGCCAGAUGGAAAGCCGGAGAAUUCGAAGUCCCAGGUUUGUCUGCGUCAUCGUAA